AUGGAUACUUAUUCUGGAACUCUCUUGACCAAAUGUGUUCAGUUCCGAGAUGAAGAGCAUUUUAUCGAUGUCCGUUUAAAAGUCGCUAAAGAAACUUUUCCCGCUCAUCGCAAUGUGCUCGCUGCGUACAGCGAUUACUUCUACGCCACGUUUGCAGAUGGAAUGAAGGAAUCGAACCAGGAGGUGAUCGAGCUGAAAGAUGAAAGCCUUUCACCACACGUCUUUAAGGUCGUUAUGGACUGCAACUACAUCGGUGAACUUCAGAUCAGCAAGGAAAACGUGUUUGAAGUUCUUGCUGCCGCAGACCAUCUUCAAGUGAGGAAUGUUCUUAAACAAUGUUGUGAUUUCUUGUUGACUGAAAUUAUUCAGUCAGAUCGAUUUGAUGUACAAAUGUAUUGUCGCGUUUGGACAAUUACCGAUAAACACAGCCUUAGAGAAGUUAAGGAGGCCGUAGAUCACAAGAUGGCAUCUAUGUAUACAGAUGUUAGUGAAAGUGAAGAGUUCCUGUCGAAUAUCGACGCAGACCAACUACUCAGCCUUCUCAGUCGAGAUGACCUCAAUACACCUUCGGAGACGUUCAUCUUUAAAUCAGUGCUGCAGUGGAUUAAACACAAGAAGGAGGAGAGGAUGGCAGUUGCAUCCAGAGUCAUCGGAGCAGUUCGUCUGGGUCUGGUGGACGUCAAGGUCGUAAUUGAAGAACUAGAAAAAGAAGAAAUGCAGCGAGAUCCUGAGAUUAACAAACAUUUACAAAUAGCAAUGAAGCGUCACUGCAUGCCUCACAAAUUUGCUGCGGAGGAAGUUAAACCGCGAUCGAUGAAAACGGUUCUUGUUGCGUUUCGCUCAAAGGAAAGGUCAUACUGUUACAAGGCUGCUGACCAGGCGAUGACUCACUACUUUGAUGAGGAAAGUAAAGUAUGGAAACCGUUACAAGCUGUGCCAGGUGUAGGUGAAGAAGUUAUACGGUGGUCUAGUGCAGAACAUAUCGGAAAUUAUUUGUAUUUAGUCUCAGAUUCAUCAGACUCACACAUUUAUAGUUAUCAUGCAGUUACAAAAUCUUGGGAAAAACUUCCAAAGUUUAGCUCCUCCAAGGAAAUCCAUUGCUUAUGUUCUGUUGGCGACUACGUUUAUGCGAUAAGUCGAUCCAAUCCACCUAAGAUUUACAGUUUAGCUGACAACACCUGGCAGCAGGUAAAACCUGCCAUAGUGCAUUGUUUUGACCCAACAAGAAAUGAAUGGGAAAAUGUCACCUCAACGUGUUAUCCUCACUUUGGAUCCAGUCUCUUUGUGGUCAGUAACAGACUGUAUGUGGCGGGGGGGAAAAGGGAGUGUAGUCAGCACGACCAAGACAGUCACCCCGCAACAACAUUUAGUGCGUGGUUUAGACUGAGAAGGACUGGGAAGCACCAUUGA